CUUCUCUUGUCAUUAUGGGCACCAAAGAAGCAACUUCUUUCACCUCUACUUAAUGAGUUCAUCUUCACAGUCCAACCUCAACAUGCUUUUUUUCCAAGUACUUAGGACACAAUACUCAAAAUCUUUUCUAUUUCUAUCAGAAACUAUUAAAUGGAUCUGUUCUGAGUGAGUUUUCCCACCUUUACAGAAACAUCUGAAGGUGAAGUUAGACAUUAUUCUAGGGGUGUGAUUAUUAUUUUUUGUGAAAUAUUUAAAAUAAUUUGUACUUCCAAAAGUGAAAUAUAAAUAAUUUGUUUUGCCCAGGAACAGCUGAUUGCACUCUAUACCAGCAUACAAUGAAAACUACAGAAUUUCUUAUUUCUUCCAAAUCCACUUGUCAGAAAGAAUUAGAACAGGAGUUUAUACUAUUUGUAAGUAUAAACAGCCCAGCAACACAACAAAUAUGAUCUCACUCAGAAAAUAUUUGCUAUUUACCCAAGUAAUUUCAGAAGACUGGAAACCAGCCUGUAGGAUUCACACACAGGGCAGUACUGCAGUAAACCACAGUGAAUUAGCUGAUGUGGUGGUACCGUCCCCCAAGACAGCUUAAAUGUGCUAAAAAUGGGCUGUCACCAGAUAUGGCAAAUGACAUGCUGAAGACAGUAGAUGAAGUAUUAUUCCUCCCCUGUGCUAGACUAAUGCAGGCUUUAUGUAUUGAUCUUUUAAUCCAAUGGAAAAUAUGCCUACUGAAACAAAAGAUUCUGAUUCCAGAGUCAUUCUCCAACUUCAUCAUGGCUAAUAAGAAUUCUCUUCUUUAAAAUAAACACAUGCUACUUUCUUCACUCUGAAGACUCAAGACAACCAGCAGGUCACUAACUAAACCAAUUUGAUACAAAACACCUACUGAACUUCCACAGGAGAAUAGCUCCAACUAAAUGCAAACAAUGUUUCUAUUAUACUGGAACUGGUUUGUCUUUCACUGUGAUGGAUUGUAUUUACAUGAGAGUGUGAAUAAGCUGGAUGUGUGUGCUUUACCUGGAUUCUUAGUGAAGCUGAGGCAAAACCAACUGUGACCAGAUUACUUUAAGCAUAUGGUUCCACAAGUACAGAUGAGUAACUUUAAUGGGACUCAUUUGACUAAGAUAUGUUGUGAAUACCUAAGGUAUAGUCUAACACCUUCUGAGUAUGUAUGAUGUAAAUCUCUGUGCUCAUUACAGCAUCAUCAGAUUCUGAGAUCAACACAUCCCAACAACACAACUAUCUCACCUUCUACUUGACAUUUCAGUAGUAAUAAAAAUGCCAGUGCUGUUCUGCAAACACAAUUUCUACAGCUGGUAAAAUAUACUAACAAAAGGAAUAUGAUAAAAAAAUAAUACAUCCCCUUUAAAAUUAUAGUGCAUUUUUCAUAGUAAUUAAGUAUGAAAAUUCUGUAGAAGAAACUGCAGAAAACUCUUCUAUUGCAGCAGUAGAGGCUAGGAAAUAAAAUAGGCCCAAGUACACUACUUAUCCCUUCCGGGAUAGCUUUUAAAAGGAAAGCAAGAACAUUUUAUCAAUUUUAUCUCUUUAACUCUCUUAUGAAUAAAGAUCUAACAUAUAAAAUUACAAAUGUGAAAUUGCCCACAGGCAGUGAUUUCAAUUCAUUCUGUGGCAAUUAGCCUUUCCAUAAAGGCUGACAGAAGGGGGAAAAUGUCUAUUUAAUCUUAAAGAACACCUCAAGUAUUUAUCCUGUGCUUCCUUAGGAUAACACAAAUGCAGCUUUUUCAUAUAAGUAAUUAUUUCUGUCCUCUAAUCUCUGUACAUAAUAACAAGACAGUAGAACCUAUUACUCACAUCUUUGAAUACUUCACUAGGCGUUAGUCUCAAAACCACCCCAACCUUGCAAACACUUAUCUAGAAAUCUUAUAUUUACAUUAAAUAGAAAUUAUUCUAUUGUUUAUUUAAAUUAAAUUGCCUAUUUUAUGGGAACUAUUCACAAGAACAAAGUCAAAGUCAUAAAUAUAGCUGCUGGUUUGGAACUUUAGGUGUUAUUCAAAGCAUAACAGGCAAGAUAUUAAAAUUGUUGGGUUUUUUUCCUUUUACUUGCUAUUUGUGUGUAUUUUGGUAGUGGGUUUAUUGUUUGAUUAGGGUUUUUUUCAUCUUUACUGUUCAUUAUCUACUGCUGAAACAAGAAAUUCUAAAGCAUUUUCACACUUUCAUUGGAUGCAAUACAAUAAGACCUUGAGUUCAAGCCACUACUGAAGUACCAAUAUUUAUUUCAACACCUGCAUAAUAUUAAAAAUGGAACAGAAUAAUAUGAACAUCCUUUAACUAGUCCAACAGUUAAAGCAACAAAAUGUUCAGAGAAAAAGAAAUCAUUAGUGUCUGAUUAAGUACCACCUAAAAGGAUUAACAGAAUAUUAAGAAACAAUACACAGUAAGUCCAGAAAGCAACACAAAGGAAGUAUAUUUAAUUAUGAAAAAGCUACAUUAAGAAAUACUGGGAAGUAAUUAUUUAAGAUAGUUUUCAAAGGACGAAGUAGGUUACAUGAAAACAGAGAAGCCUGAUCAAACCAAAACUUUACUUUGGUUAAUUUGAUUCUAAACAAAUAAACACUGCUUCUAGUCUUACAAAUUCUAACUAUUUUAACUCACAUUAUUUAUUUAUCCUCUGCUGGUUACUUUGCAUAUAUCAAAACCCAGAGGCAUAGUUGAAAAAAGAAAGGGAAUUCACAAAACAUUAACUGAAAAAUCCAGACAUUCUUUAUCAACCGAAGAACAAACGAAACCUCUAAAGGUUCCAGAUAGACAACUGCGGGAUUAACCCGAUUACAUAAUGCCUUGCAUACUCCAAGCAAGACUCUGUCCCCGGAGCUGCCCUGCUGAGGCCAUCCGCCGGCUGCCCGGCGCUGAAGCCCCGCUGUGUCCCAGCCGCUCCAGCCCAGCCGGCCGCCACCACGGACCUGCGCUCUUAACACCGCUCUGCGCUCAGAAAAUAAAUGCUAAGCUUCAUGAUGGAGUGUGUCAGCAUUGCAAAGGUAUCUUGGAGUGGCGAGUAAAAUUCAGAAAGUACAAGCUACUGACAAAACCUAAAAAAUGUGUGAAAUGCCUCCAGAAGACUGUAAAAGAUCCUUAUCAUAUUAUUUGUCGACCAUGUGCUGGUAAACUAGAAAUUUGUGCUAAGUGUGGGAAACAAGAAGAAAUAGUGAUUCCGAUUGAUAAAGGACAAGACAGAACUGACAGUGAGACUUCUAAAAAUGGCCAAGAGAGCAGUAAAUUGAAGAAUGAGCUGGAUUUUGAUACAAAUUUCAGUAGUGCAGACAGUGAUGAAGAUUCUGAUGUGCUUGAAGAACAAUUUAAAAGUAUGAAUUUUGAAAAAACAGAGAUCUAAAAGGCUGUGUUUAUGCAAGAGAUUAUAUGCAAUCAAAUAUAGUAAACCAGUGUUUGCCCUUAAACUGCUUCAAACCCUGAUUAGAUGUCUAAGGUCCUUGAAUGUUAAUUUUGGCAUUGUGUAUGAUGAUGCUUAUGGGGAUUUGUAUUAACACACAUUUUUGUGUAUUAGGAACAGAAUUUCUUUGAAAAUAUUCAGAAAAUAUUCAAUAUCCUAUCUGUAAGCAUAGUUAUUUAUUUCAUACAUAUAACAAUUUCCCGUUUUUGUGGAAUAAAGCCUCUUUAUGUAAUUGUUUGAAAUUCAGUGUUAUGUGACCGUCAGAAGUGUUAUUACUGCCUGGAAACCUACCUGAAAGUCAAGAAUAAACACAGAUAGGAAGAUCUAAAGCAGCUAUAAUGGUUUUCUGAAGGAAGAACUUGCAGCAUUCUGUCAAAGGCGUCUUACCCUAUACCUGGGGGGUUUUAUUCAUUUUUUUUUCCCCACAAAAAAUAAACAAGUGUGUAAAUCCCAUGACCAGUACAGUUCAUAAACAGUUAAAACUUAUUUACCAUGUGUAAGUGUGCAUUACAGAUUUGUGAUCUUGUUGCUACCAAUAUUUUGUAAAGAAGAAACCUUUAGAAUUUCUCAUCACACUUUAUUUUCCUUUUCAGAAUUCAGAGAUUCAUCUGAAUCUGAUGUAGUUUUCUCUGAUAUGAAAAAACUUGCGUAGUGGAGUGAUGCUUAUAGAGUUACUCCCUUCCCAGUUUCAAUUCCAGUGUUGAUUAAGCUGUACAAAGAACUUAACUGAAGUUGCAGUAACUGUCUUUACAGGAUUUAGGAUGGUUUGACUUCUUUUGUAGUGUCUUCUUGCUCUUUACAUUUAAGUAACAGUAUAUAUAUACAUCAACCUAUGUCAAUAUGCUAUGCCACAUCUGCUUUAGUGCUUUUCCUGAUUUGCAAUAGUGAGUAUGGAAAAACUUGAUUCUCAGACUACAUUUUUCAAAUGCUCUGUGAGGAAGUUCAUCUCUGAGGUUGUUGCCCAUCCCUGCCUUGGAAUGAAGGAAAUACUGAAACUUGAGCCUUUGGGUGCAGAUGGGCACCUGAUGCCUGUCCUGUCAAACUAGAAAACACCAAGAAGUGUUCAGUGGCAGAAAAGGAGGUUGUCAGUUGUGUUCAGAAGUGUUGGAUCUGAAGGUUAUCUGAAGGUUUCACUGACAGAUAAGUCCUCCCAACAGGACAGCAAUGAAUCUGGCUUAGUGUCACAUCUGUUGUCCUGCCAGUUGACAUCAACAAGGGCGGAGUAAACAAGGAAUAUCCCAUGCACACACUGCAGAUGACCUGGGAGCAGGGUGCAUAGUAGGAAGUUAGUAAGUAAUCUGGAUUUAGCUUCAGAAAGGGUCUCUCUGAAGGGGGAACCAAAAGUGAAUUUGGCUUUUGAAAGUGCUGUACGUAUGGGAAAUGUUCUCCCACUUGGAAAAAUUGAUGAUGGCUUUGCUCUUUAUUGAAAGGUGAGAGGAAAUCCUGAAUUUAUAGGAAAGUGUGUGAUGGAACUGGUAGAAGUUGUAUAAUGAGAAAAUAAGGGGAAGAAUUCUCUUAUAGUGGUGACACAACCUGUCAGUACCAGGACUGAGCAGGGUGACACAGAUAAACAAUGUAUUGCAACAUAGUGCAAAAAUGUUUGUACAAAGGAAAAGUCCUGUGAAGUCUUCAUGUCACACUCCUGAUGCUCUGUUCAGUGCUGGUGCUAUAGCUGAUGAAACUGCUGUGGGUGAGCACAGCUAUGGUGGCUGGCUAGUGUUAGUGCAGCCUAUCUGCAGAGAGUUUUAGUUCCAGCAAGCCUUCUGUCUUCAGUGGUAGCUGUGGCUGAAGGAUACACUGCUGGAAUUAAUUUCUGCAACACCUUUUAACAUGGUGGUUAUGAGUCAGCUUAUAAAAUGGCAGCUUUGCUAGGGAAAAGGAGUUUGCAUUUUACUGAAGAUUAGGAUAUAUUUGGAACUGCAUUAAGCUAUUAUAACUCAUGCUAUAAGAGUUCUGAGUAUCAGGGAUUUGGUUUUCUUGUCUCAUUUUGAGGAACUUAUUGAAGAGAGGAUAAUGCAGGAGUAGGACCCCUCUUAAUGCUGAUCUACAGUAUAAUCAUGUAGAAAUGAGAAUAUUUUUUAAAAAGUGAUCAAAAGUCAUCAAAGAUUUUUGAGAUCUUCAGGGUAGGCAUCUAGAUGGAAUGAUUUUUAGUUUUUAAUUGAGAUUUUGAAACCUUUCUGCCUAUUCUUUCACAAAUAAUAAUGAAUUUGUGUCUAUAAACGUAAGAGGAAAUAAAAAU